CUGAGGUUCCUGUAAACCACAAAAGAAAAGCAAAGUAAAACGAUUUGUUUUCGCUGAGUAAAUUCAGGUUAUUUACGUACUCAUCAGGACGUUCAAAAGUAUUUUUGAUGUGUUUUGGCACUAAGCGGAACUGACAUUUGCGUCAACGGAAGUGUUUUACGGUGACAGUUUUGUCCUUCGCUCAAAUGUGUCACUUUUGUAACGCUAUUGUAGUGUUUGUGCUCAAGUCUGUGACAAAACCUUUGGAGUCAUGUGUGUUGGACAAACGAACGCGUUGUACUCCGACAGAGUGUGAUUCAUUAUGAAACAAUAAGCAGCAUCAGUAACAUCUGCCCAUAUCAGGAUGUCAUUCCCUUCGCCUCAUGACCGCAGAUUGAAAGAGAUCGUGGACGAGGAUGACCCCGUUGAUCGGAUGAUAUCCCGCACUGGCUGUGCUGAGCUGCAUUAUGCCGUGCAGGCGUGUAUGGCAGAAAACCAGGACUGGCGAGCCUGUCAGAAGCAGGUCCAGAAUUUUAAAGACUGUAUGAUGAACUUUCAGAAAGGUCAGAAAGAACAACGGGAGAGACUAAACAAAGCGUCAACGCCGUCUGUGGCCAGCUGAACUCAUGAAUACACUCAUAGUGGGAUGUGUUUCACAUCUGAAUGUUGAAAACUUAUUAAAAAUUAAACUUAAGAAUGCUGA